AAGCCUGAAGUGCUCAGGUGAGCGCUGUGGCCCCUGGGCCUCUUGUUUUAAUAUAACAACACAUUCCGAUCAAUUUUUAAACUUUUUUUUAAAAAUAAUACCGGAUGUUUAUAUAUUUUAGAAAGGAUGUUACGGAAAAAUUGAAUAAAUCUACAUUCUAUAUAUGGCUGUUAAAAGUAUAAUUCAAUUUAAUUUGAGUGAAAGUCAUAUUAUAGGACAGUUUUAAUUAAACAUUUAUUUUUCCUGGUAUUUUCGUUAAUUGGUGGUUUUGUAGAAUUAACUUCCCUUAUCGAAAUUUACAUCUAAUGCAUGUAUUAAAAAAUAAUGGAAGUAAAUUUUAAAACGAAAUGGUAUUUGUCAACAAUGAUAUUGAUCCAAACCGCUGGAGUGCUGAAUACUCUGGAAUUCAAAAGGGGCAGUUCUACAUGUAAAUAUAACUUUUACUUCGAUAACCAAUCGAUGGACUGUAUGGAGUGUCCAUGGGGAAGUUUUGGGUUGAAUUGUUCACAAGAAUGUAUUCUGGGUUUCUAUGGCCGUCUUUGUCAGGUUGCUUGCGAAUGCAAAUCACAGCAUUGUAAUCCUGUAAAUGGAUGCCAGAUAAAUGUUACUCAGAAAGUGUCCACAGAAGUUAUAACGUCGGGCCAACAGACUGAACUAAUGUCAAGACGGUUGGAAACCCCCAUGGAUAUUUCAACACUGAACACGGCAACACAAUCAGAGUCAUAUCUGGACAAUUCGACGCUAGAAAUGGAGACUACAACAUCCAGUAGAUUAAAACAAUGUUACCUGAUUAUUUAAUAUCAUAAAUCUGCUAUGAAUCUGUUAUGUAAUGUAGAUAAAGGUACUGAAAAGAUUUUUUUUUUUGUUAAAAACUGGUUUCAAUUAUGGUGUUAUGGGCACGUCUAAGAUUUUACAUUAUCAAUGCAAAGAUGAUGUUGAAUAUCAAGAUCAAAGUAUUUGAUAUCCCCUUUCACCCUCAUUAUCUAAAGAAAUCAAAGGGAAGAAAAGGGUUGGGGAUAGGUGUCGCUCCCUGCCUAAAUACUUGUAGCUUACAUGUUAUGUGUGCCUGAAAUGACCGAUUUGUAUGCUAAAUGUCUGCAUGGCUAAAUGA